UUCCUUCACUCCCUUUAAAUCCUCUCCCUUCUCAUUCUUGUCGAAACCCAUUACUCUUUUCCCUUUUUGUCUUUCCAAUUUACAUUUUGGGUAAAAUCCCCUCCCUAUCAACCUCAAAUUUUUUGCCUUACAAGUUUCCUUAUUGCACCAAUACAUACAUACACAAAUUCCUUCCAACUUUCAUUUGGGGUUUUGCUAAAUUUAACCAAGUUUCUUCCUUUUUCCCAUUUUCUCUUCUGGGUCUUCUUUCUUUUCUCUCUACACUACAUUUAUUUUUAAAAAUUAAAAAAAGAGAGAGAGAGAGAGAGAGAGAGAGAGAAUGGGAGAUCAUCAUGAACCAAAACAAAACCAUGGAAACGACACCGUUCAAGUUCAAAUUCCUGGCAGUGAAGAUCAACAAGGGAAGAAGAACAACAACAACAACCUCCCAAACUUUCUUCUCUCUGUUAGACUCAAAUACGUGAAGCUUGGUUACCACUACUUGAUCUCAAACGCCAUGUAUAUUUUACUUAUUCCACUCCUUGCUCUGUCCUCUGCACACCUCUCAACUCUCUCCGUUCUUGAUUUUGUUCAAUUAUGGAACAAUCUCAAAUUCAACUUCGUCUCGGUGACGCUCUGCUCUGGUCUAAUGGUCUUCUUAGGCACCUUCUAUUUCAUGACUCGUCCGAGAAAGAUUUACUUGGUGGACUUCUCCUGUUACAAACCAGAACAAGCUCGAACUUGUACGAGAGAGAUUUUCAUGGAAAGGUCGGCGCUCACCGGAAGCUUUUCCGACGAGAACUUGGCGUUCCAGAAGAAAAUUCUGGAAAGAUCGGGGUUGGGACAGAAUACUUAUAUGCCGGAAGCCGUGUUACGAGUCCCUCCCAAUCCUUGCAUGGCUGAAGCAAGGAAGGAAGCAGAGGCGGUUAUGUUUGGAGCCAUUGAUGAGCUUUUGGGAAAGACCGGUGUUAAAGCUAAAGAUAUUGGGGUUCUUGUUGUGAAUUGCAGCUUGUUCAAUCCGACGCCGUCUCUAUCGGCAAUGAUAGUGAAUCAUUAUAACCUUAGAGGAAAUAUUAUGAGUUAUAAUCUUGGUGGAAUGGGUUGCAGUGCUGGGCUUAUUUCUAUUGACCUUGCAAAACAGCUACUCCAGGUUCAUCCAAAUUCUUAUGCCUUGGUGGUAAGCAUGGAGAACAUAACACUCAACUGGUACUUCGGCAACGACCGAUCAAUGCUCGUCUCCAACUGUCUCUUCCGUAUGGGGGGCGCCGCCAUCCUCCUCUCCAACCGUUCGUCCGAUCGCCGCCGAUCCAAAUACCAACUAGUCCACACGGUACGAACUCACAAAGGAGCAGACGACAAGUCGUACGGCUGUGUAUUCCAAAGAGAAGACGACACGAAAAGGGUCGGCGUUUCUCUCUCGAAGGACCUCAUGGCAGUGGCUGGAGAAGCACUCAAAACAAACAUAACAACAUUGGGACCAUUAGUCCUUCCGAUGUCGGAACAGCUCCUGUUCUUCGCCACUCUCGUCGGAAGGAAGAUCUUCAAGAUGAAGAAUAUGAAGCCUUACAUACCGGAUUUCAAGCUUGCAUUCGAGCAUUUUUGUAUCCAUGCAGGUGGGAGAGCUGUCCUCGAUGAGCUGGAGAAGAACUUGGAGCUGACUGAUUGGCAUAUGGAACCGUCUAGGAUGACACUUUAUAGGUUUGGGAACACUUCGAGCAGUUCUUUGUGGUAUGAGCUUGCUUACUCAGAAGCUAAAGGGAGGAUUAGAAAAGGAGAUAGGACGUGGCAGAUUGCAUUUGGGUCGGGAUUCAAGUGUAAUAGUGCGGUUUGGAGGGCAUUGAGAACCAUUAAUCCGGCUAAGGAGAAGAAUCCUUGGGUUGAUGAAAUUCAUGAAUUCCCUGUUAUUGUGCCAAAAGUGGCAUCAAUUUCUUCUUGAUUUUAUUGGUUAAUUAAUUAAUUAACCUUAAAUUACCUUUUUUUUUUUUGGGGGGUGGGGAUAUAUAUAAAUAUAUAUAUAUAUAUAUAUAUAUAUAUAUAAAAGAGAGCUAUAUACAGCAGCUAGCUUUUGGUGUUUUUGUGUUUUUUUUUUCUAUUGGGGGGUGCGAAUAAUUGAUGAUUAAAUGUAAUUCUUUUGAAGGAAAAAAGAAAGUGUGACCAGACAGUGAACAUUUAAUUACUUGGAAAUACUUCUUUUAUAUCUCAAUCGUACAUUUAUAAUAUAUAUUUUAGGCUUUUCGUGGAA